CGGAAAAGCGUACGCACGCACGUUCGAUUUUUAAAUGGAAGUUGGAAUGGAGUUGAGAUCGCCGGCACUGCGCGAGCGCCGCCAGUGGCCCUCUAGUCGCCGCGACGCGCGCUCCGCUCCCAGCCCGCGUGCACCGAACGAACAUCACUUGCGACUGAAAAAAAAACUUAAAAUUCAAAUUUCAAACGCUGCACAUUCGAAAUUCAAAUUAUCGAACACGUGUUUAUUUAAAGUUGGCGCGAACGCGUUUUUCACUGGCAGUGAAUAAAUUAGCGCGCGUGCUCACAAAUUUCACUUUUACCCGUGCUCAUCUCGUCUGCCGGCCGUCUGCGCGGGACCAUGGAUAGAUAACAAAUCGAAUAUAAUGAACGUUCAACAAAGCCGACGACCGAGCAUCUACACAUUAACGCUGUCAAAUUACAGGCACAAAAUAUCAUAACAGUGUUCCAAGUUGUCCGACUCGAAUUACAUUACGUUAUGUCAUUAGCGCAAUGAUAAAAUGCACCGGUAGUAGUAUUGUCAUGCCAACGUCGUAGACGCUAACAGUCACUCACGACGCGAAAUGACGGUGCUUAGAAAAAUGGAUGUGCAGUGUAUAUUAAUACUGUUAUUGUUCCAAACUUUGGUGGCGUGGUGCGGCGCGAAAUUUAUAGUAAUGCCUAAAGUGGAUUAUCCCACGGGCGAUGUUCAAGAAGAGAUCCAGGACAGCAUUAGAAACUUCAUACAUACCGGUCUCUACUCGCACGUGCACCUGGAUCCCUCGCAAGUGCAAGUGUCAACGCCGGUCAAGGUCACGCGCGACGGGCGGCUGGUGUCGCGCGCGGUGGCGCACGCGCACGAGCACGGGCACGCGCGCGCGCGGCGCGACGUCCGCGGCGCGGAGCACGCGCUGCCUCACGCCGUGCACUAUAACCUCACUGUUGAUGGGCGGGAGUUGAGGCUGGAUUUGCGGCCGUCGGUGAGCUUCAUUGCGCCGGCGCUGGUUGUGGAGCGGCAUGGCGACGGCGAGCGGACGCGGCACAGGCCGCACGGGGGCGCCACUGGGUGCCACUACACGGGCUCCGUUAGGGGCCAGCCCGAAUCUAGGGUCGCGCUUUCGGCCUGUGAUGGACUGGCAGGCCUGUUAAGGACAGAACAUGGAGAAUACUGGAUCGAGCCGUCCAAUCAAGUGCCUAGCGACGACUCGACGGGGAGGCCACACGUGAUAUUCAAACGAUCAGCUGUCGACAAAGUCGAAGCUUACCACAGAAAAAAGAGAGCAGCAAACUACAGAACUGACAACAAUGAACAUUACAAACGAUAUUACGAAAGGGAAUACCAAAAGUUUCAUCCUAGGAGAAACACAAACACUAACGUUAGAAGAAACCACGACAGCAAAGAAUCAGCGGACAGGCGCUCACGAGAAUACGAGAGACUGAAACGAUUAGAGAACGCAAGGAAAAAUCCUAUUGCAUUUAGAGCUGAGAUGCAAAAAAGAAGAGAGAAUAGAAUCAACCAAUCACUAUCAAAGAGUAAUUCUAUAGAGACCAGCAAUAGUAGAUCAAUGGAGAUGCCUUACGUGAGAAACGGACGGAAGAGGAUGAAUAGGAGACGAGGGGAUGGUCAGAAGAAGCAUAGGAGGCGUAGGAGGAAAGCGAAGAACUGUGCCACCAGGCAACCGCCGUACACGUGGAACAUCACAAGCGCUCGAGAAUAUGAUAGGACGAGGAACAAUUAUAUUGCUAAUCAACGAGCUUCCGGUAACGCGCCGCGGCGACCUCGGUCCGUGAGCAAGCCUCAGCACGUGGAAGUAUUGCUGGUCGCCGACAAGUCCAUGACGGAGUUCCAUCAGGAUAACGAAUCAUUGGAGACCUACUUGCUUACCAUUAUGAACAUGGUUUCGGACCUUUAUAAGGACCGCUCGAUCGGCAACCUGAUCCAAGUGGUGGUCGUGAAGAUUGUAACCCUGCAGAACUCGCGCGACCUUCAGGUGUCAACCAACGCUGACACGACGUUGUCUCUCUUCUGCCACUGGCAGCAGCAGCUGAACCCCGUCAACGACUCGCAUCCUCAGCACCAUGAUGUAGCUAUCUUGGUAACCAGGCAGGAUAUCUGCAGUCUACACAACCAGCCUUGCAACACGCUGGGAGUGGCGCACGUUGCCGGCAUGUGCAUCCCGGAUCGCAGCUGCUCCGUCAACGAAGAUAACGGCAUCAUGCUGGCGCACACCAUCACGCACGAGCUUGGACACAAUUUCGGUUUAUACCACGACACGGAGAAGAUCGGCUGCAGCAGGCGUGAGGGGUCGACGCUGCACAUCAUGACACCGGUGUUUGAGGCGGACAGCGUCCAAGUGGCUUGGUCGCGGUGCAGCAAGCGAGAUGUCACCAAUUUCUUAGACAAUGGAUUUGGAGAGUGUUUGGGCGACGAACCGUCUACUGAAAUUGACAAGUACAAAUAUCCAGAACUCCCCGCAGGUGUAAUGUACGACGCGACGAAACAAUGCGUGCUUCAAUUCGGAACGGACGCGACCGUCUGCACCGGUACUGAUCCUGAAGAGCUGUGCCAGCAUCUCUGGUGUCUCGUCAACGGCACCUGCAAGUCCAUGCUGCGGCCUGCCGCCUCGGGCACCACUUGCGGAAUUGAUAUGUGGUGUCAGAACCAGAAGUGCGUCCCUCGUGAGAGGCCGCCUGAGGCCCGGGACGGGGGCUGGGGCGGGUGGUCGGAGUGGAGCGAGUGCUCCAGAACUUGCGGCGGAGGCGUCGAGAUCAAAACUAGGGAGUGCGACAGCCCUAUGCCGUCCAACAACGGGAAAUACUGCGUUGGAGAUAGAAGCCGAUACCGCACAUGUAACAGAGAAAAGUGUCCCAUAAACGAACCGUUGUUCAGAGACGUCCAGUGCGCGAAAUACAACAACAAGACGGAUAAGAAUAACGACACCGUCAUUGCUGAUUGGGUGUCAUUUUAUGACCAAGACAAACCAUGCGAGCUGCAGUGCGUGCCGCGCAACAGUAACGACUACGAGAUACUGCCCGGAUACGUGGCCGACGGGACGCCAUGCUGGCAAACCAUCGCCGGCAGAAAUUCACGAGAUAUGUGCAUAUCUGGCGUGUGCUACAAGGUGGGGUGCGAUUGGGUGGUAAACUCGGAUCUAGAGGAGGAUGCGUGCGGCAUCUGUGGAGGGGACGGCUCGGCGUGCAAGACUGUGCAGGGUAUCUACAGCAAGGGCACCACUAAGCAGUCCGGCUUUACUGAGGUUGCCGUGAUACCAGCCGGAUCAAGAAACGUGAAGAUCCAAGAGAAAGUAAGCCCGGGAAAUUACAUUUCUAUUGGAAGUGCACGAACGAGAAAACUUCUUCUUAACGGAGGCGGAGCUCGUAAUGCUACUCUGACCGAGUACUUUGUGGCUGGCUCCCAGGCGAUCUACGAAAGAGACCGCGACUGGGAGAAAGUGCAGAUAGUGGGACCGAUCCUAGAGGAUAUUAAAGUUUAUCAACGAAUUUACCGCGGCAACCAUCGCAACCCCGGCGUGAACUACCAGUAUACCGUCAGCAAGAGAUACCGGUACCGGCUCAGCGAUUGGUCGCCGUGCAGCGCUACAUGCGGUCGCGGCCGCAUGUACCGCCAGCACGAGUGCGUCACUGACAGUGGCCACAAGGUGGAUCCGUCACAUUGUGACCAACAAGAGCAGUUCAGCAGGGAGGCGCUCGUGCAAAUAUGUAUGCGACCGCCGUGCACCAUGCGCACGCACUGGCGCGUCGAGUCGUGGCAGCGGUGCAACACCUCCUGUAGAGUACCGGGGAAGGAGCCAACGAAGAACAGACGAGUUUACUGUGUGGACAACCUGACGGGCCAGCGGCGAAGUGACGCCGACUGCGACCUCGCUAUGAAGCCGAUGUCGACUAUCAUCUGUGCUGACAUACCACCAUGCUAAAGGAACCUUGUAUAAGCAAUGAGAGCCAGUACAAUGUACCUUACGAUAUGAGGGUCUUUUUUAUCACUUACAGUGGAUAACUCAGGACACGAUUGGGUGCGGUUUCGAAGUCAGUAAGCUCUUUAAUGAGUUCACGGCACAAUUGUUGCCAAAAUCGUCGUGUAACACGAACAAAAACUUUGAGCAAUUAAAAGUCUUCAACUCAAUCUGAGUUGUGUGUUGUGUAAUGAAAUGAAGUGAAUUAGUGACACUAAGGACAAUGUAACUUUAUAAUCGUGAAAUCGAAAUGAACAUUCAGCGAAUACGCGCUAGUGGACUCGUUAUGUGAACCAGUGAAGUGUUUUUGUGUUUGGAAUGUAAAAACCCAUCGAAUAAAGUUACGCGUUAACGCUAUGCGUGCCUUAGCUUCGGACGAAUCUCGCAGGGAACCCACAUAAGGCCGUUUCAUUUCAUUUAUUUAUAGCAAUUAAAUAAAAUGAAAUGAAAUUUCCAAUACGACUAUACUGCCAUAUUACAUAAGAAAUUACUAGUUUUAACAUAGUCUUCGCUUAGUUAUUAAACUACUAAUACAUAAUUAUAUUUUCUGUAACAUCAGUAUUAAAAUGGUGUAUUUAUAUCUUUAAAUAAUUCAGAUAAACGUAAUGUGCGAAGUAAUUAGAUACUUACUUUAAAUUUUGGACCAAAAAUAUCUUAAGAAAUCAAAUUCACGUUGCCAUAGGUAAUCGCGAUUACUGCCAAUUACUUUUGUACGACUAACCCCACUUGCAUUAACUAUAAUCAUCUGUGCUAUACUACUAUACAUACCUGAAAACCAGAACAAGAGUAAGAAAAACUCUGCUACUUUUAGACUAAGUUGUUAUAAAAACAGCAAUAUCUUAUUUUAUAACCUGUACCUGUAAUAAUUUCGCAGCCAUUCGGGUAACCAUACCCAUACCCAAAGGGUAAAACGGGACCCUAUUACUAAGACUCCGCUGUCCGUCCGUCCGUCCGUCCAUCUGCCACCAGGUUGUAUCUCACGAACCGUGAUAGUGACAGUUGAAAUUUAUACAGAUGAUUUAUUUCUGUUGCCGCUAUAAUAACAAAUACUAAAAAGUACGGAACCCUCGGUGGGCGAGUCCGGCUCGCACUUGUCCGGUUUUUUGUUACCAAUUUCGAGAAAGACGUAAAUAAUAAUUUAAGAUUAAAGUUUUUGCAAGUGUGAGAUAUAUUAGACGUAAGCUUUACUGUAUUGUCUCCAAUCAGUGUUUCAUACAUACAUACAAUAUUAUUAAGAUCAAAUGUAUAUGUAAUAGGAAUAAGUGCAUUUAGUAAAGAAAAUAUUAGUUGCAAUCUAGGACCGAUUACCGGUAUUAUUUUCUUUACCUACAAUAUAACCGCUAUUUAAUCUAAUUAUACAGCAUUACUACUACAACACAAUUCGAAUCAUCGCGAGACAUCUCAUAUUAAAUUAAUACCGGUAAUGGUUCUUACUCUAAAUAUGACAAAGCCUAUGGGAACUUUAAUCGCUAGUCAAAUCAAUGGCAUAUGUCCUACGCGAUGCGAUCUGGUCAGUAAAAACACUGUCUAAUGCUCAUAUCCCUAUUAUAAUAUUGUAAAAUUCACAUAAUCUGAUUUGCAGUACCGGUAUGUUAAUUGAAAAUUCAGAACCUGUGUAUUAAAAUCGGUAGAACGAACGAGUGAACGGUAAAACAAACUUCGGUACCAGGACGGGGCUGGAUAAAAAACUGUAUACCGGGACUUCUCAAAACAGUACCUACCAGUAAUGUAGGGCGACAAAUCCUAAGACCAUCGCAUCUCUUAGAUAAUUAAUUUCGCUAUUUGGGACACUCUGAACAAUUUUAUUAACCUCUUCAUUAUUAGUUUGUCCUGUCGUUUUUGUAUAAGCGACUUAACUGUUACCUGCAUUUUUGUGUGUACCCUGAAUUUUGAAUUCAUGCCCGAGAGCAAGUGCCUAGUAAGAUUAAGUAUACGUGUCCGUUUAGUUUUCAAGUGACUAUGCAUAAUUGUAACGGUAGUUACGUUUUAUUUAUCUUAUACGUAUCUAUUUUUUAUAUUACUAUUUGAACUUUCUAAAUAAGAUGGUGUUAAAAUACAGAGCUCACUACAAAAGGCCGCCUCUUCCAGUAACUCUUAACCACACAUUAGGUAAAGCCUCACGGCCUUACCUAGCUACUUAUAGUACGGUACUUAUUAAGUAUGAUAAUUCAAAUAACCUUCUAUUAGAUCAGAAUUGCAUUUGUUUUCCUUCGUUCAAUUUUCAAACAAAACUAAAUCAACCCUAUUUUUUCCACUUCAGAUUAAAAUUUCACAAGCAUUUUUUUUGCUUGUAUGGCUGGGCUAUAGGAGGUUAAAUCGAAAUAAAAGGAGGGUAUGAUAUCUUAUGACAUACGUCAUAAAUCCAAUAUUAGCUGAGUUAAAAUAUCGAUGUCUUAUCGCCUGUACACUCUCGAGCACUAAAAAUUCCUUUGAGUCUACCACUCGCUCAAUAUUUUUAGUGAACUAUAAUAUUAUUGCCUAGGAAAUAAAGAUGACGGCUGGGAGAGCUGCCAAAAGCAUGAGAAGUGGCGCCCUCUGAAGUGAGCGAAUAGAAGUUUUAACACCAUUCUAAUAGUUACUGAUGUUUCAGUUCUAAGAUUCGUCAGGAAACUUUAAUUUUGUCGAUUGAUUCAUAUACACAAUUUUAAUUUCUGUGGAGCUUGAUAAUUGCUGUUAGGCUGACGUAAUUUGUAUGUAGAUAAUGAAUAGAUUUUUUACAUAGUAGAAUGUCACAUUGAUGUAUUAAUUAUAAUUGUGUAUGUAAUUAGACAUGGCAAUAAACUGUGCAUUGUUUUA